ACAAACGUAGUGUACAACCUAAACGGUGGGCGGGGUGCGUGUGCGCUUUUUGCUCGUAGUUAGACGAUCCGAUCCGGUAUCGGGAUUUAUCCUUAUUGUACUUUAUUGUUAUUCUGUUCAUAACUAUUCUAUCGCUCUCUCGGCAAACGUGUUUGCAACGGUUUUAUAAUUUAUUACUUUUUCAUUCUUGUAAGUUGUUAACAAAGCGUUGUGAUUUAGUAAAUUAAUAUGCCAAUAUGAUGUAUAAGAAGACGAUAGUUUAUUUAACAGACACGUCUUUUGUUCCUUUUGGCAAAAGUGAUAGAAAUUAAAAAUAUCAGUUAUUAAUUAAUUGAAACAAACUAACAGUAUGUAUAUCAAUGACCUAGUGUGUAAUAUUUUUUUUAUUAAUCUUAUUUAUUAUGUGGUUGAAGCUGUGGAUGUUAAGCCAAUAACUGAUUCCUGCGUAAAUCGUGUCGCAGCUUGCGAAGCUGCCAGUGGAACCCAUCGAGUUCUUUGCGGCACAGAUGGGCGUACUUACCCUUCCAAAUGCCAUCUUCUCAAAGCACAGUGUAAUGGUGAACCAGUCACUGUAGCUCACAAAGGGCCCUGUAGUGAUGGCCAGUCGUCUUGUUUAGCAGUUUUGCGGUAUGCAUUGAACGCACAAAGCGGCAGGAGGGCGGCGUUCGUACCCAAGUGUAGAACAGACGGCACAUAUGCAGCGGUUCAGUGCGCAGCUGCUGGGGCCGCGGCAGGUUGCUGGUGUGUCACACCAGACGGCAAACCCCUACCAGAUACAGCUGUUAGGAAUGGAAAGCCUGAUUGCACGAGACCUGGUAAAUCUCAAACGCGACGUCGCUCGUCGGUUCGAGGUCAACGUAACAAAAGAAGUUGCACACGGGCUGAUCGAGCUCAAUUUAAUGGGAAUCUAAUAAAGAUAUUUAGUGGGGAGUUUGGUCGCUCAGAGAGGGGUGGGGAGGGAUCGGAUCCCCGUGAUGUUGCCGAUUGGAAAUUCAGGGAACUCGAUCGAGACAGAAGCGGUACUUUGCAGAAAUCAGAAUAUCGAGGCUUGAGGAGACUUAUCAAAAAGGUGGUGAAACCAAAAAGAUGUGCCCGUGCAUGGGCUCGUGGCUGUGACGGAGAUGGUGAUGGUGAGAUCGCGCGUGUGGAGUGGUCAGAAUGUCUUCUGGCCAUACCAGAACCACCUGCUCCGGACUUCUCUCUCCGUUUCUUCAUGUCGUUGAAUGCAGAUGAUGACAGCGGGCCUGACAAUGAACCGGAUUAUGAGGAGGAACCACCACCCGAUACAAGUGCAGUGCUGCCAGGAAUAAUGCGAAAUUCAUUUGCACCAGAAGGUUCCGUUGCGAGGGAAGAUGAGGCGAACGACUGCUUAACUGACAGACAAGCGGUGCUAGACGAGCAGAAAGCGGGUACAGCUGUACUGUACGUGCCUGAAUGCAUGGGCGACGGAAGAUACGCGAGAGCACAGUGCUACCGUUCAACUGGCUACUGCUGGUGCGUGCAUCAAGACACAGGAAAGCCAAUACCAGGAUCAUCGGUCAAGGACAGUAAGCCUGAUUGCGAUUCUGCACCACAACACGCCAGCCCAAUGAGAGGUUGUCCAGAACCGAUGAAGAGUAACUUUUUGCGAGACCUAAUGAACUUUUUCAUUUCGAAAAUGACUACAUCAAUUAACGGAACUGGGCCCGGAGAAAUGGUGAAAUGGGGUGCAUCAAAAGAGGAGCAAGCAGCUACUUGGACAUAUGUUAUGUUAGAUAAGGACAAGAACAAAGCUCUCGAGAGAAGGGAAUGGAAGUCUUUCCAUCAGCUCAUAUCGUCAGUGGACCAGCUCAGAAGGUGCGGCCGAAAGCUGCCAAGAUAUUGUGAUGUGAACCACGAUGCCAAAAUCAGUAUUACAGAAUGGAUGGCCUGUUUAGAAGUCAUGCAGGCUUCGCAGGUGUCAACCACUGAAGUUCCAAAAGUACCAUCUAAUCCUCGAAGAAAAGGCCCAAACCCCUUGGAGUCAAUUUUAAAAGCAGACGACUGAUAUAUUAACUCACAUAAAUUUAUUUAUUAUAUAAAAACCCCUAUCUAUCAAUGAUCAAUAUAAGUUUGAAAAAAUAUCACAACACCUAUUAAUUAAAUGUUUAAACUUAACGAAUUGUAAAGGGAAAAAAUUCUACUGAUUAUAACUUCUCAGAACAAUUAUUGUUAAUAAAUAAAUAUAGCAGUGUAUGAA